GGCAAACUGCUAUGUCCCCAGAAUUGACAAGGGAUCGAAGGUAGAGUCACUGAAGCAUUUGCACCGGGACCGUUAUAUUGUCAUCAAACCACUUGUUAUAGGGAGGGAGGCCUCUGUUCCGCUAUCCCUCCCACAAAAUAGUAUGAGACGGAGUUUCUUUGGAGUACGCUAAACGGGAUAAGACAGAGUGCCCUAGAGUAAACUGACGCAUGCGAGCCAGCAAGUUGACAGACAUAACAAAACUUGCGUCAACAGGGGACAGUCCUAUUAGGAAUUACGGACGUUGAGUAGAUAGCUGGUCCUGCAAAAUGAAAUUCGCGGAGCACCUUUCGUCCCAUAUUACUCCGGAAUGGAGGAAACAGUACCUUCAAUAUGAGGCGUUCAAGGAUAUGUUGUAUGCGGCCCAGGACCAGGCCCCAUCCAUAGAAGUCACAGAUGAAGACACUGUCAAGAGAUACUACGCCAAGUUUGAGGAGAAGUUUUUUCAGAAUUGUGAGAAGGAGCUUUUGAAGAUCAACACAUUUUAUUCAGAGAAACUUGCGGAAGCCCAGAGGCGUUUUGCCACCCUGCAGAAUGAGCUGCAGUCGUCUCUGGAUGCGCAGCGUGAGAGCAAUGCGCCAGGUCUGCGGAAACGCAAGACAGUGUUCCACCUUUCCCAGGAGGAGCGCUGCAAACACCGCAACAUCAAAGACCUGCAGCUGGCCUUCUCCGAGUUCUACCUCAGUCUCAUCCUGCUGCAGAACUACCAGAAUCUGAACUUCACAGGCUUUCGUAAGAUCCUGAAGAAGCAUGAUAAGAUCCUGGAGACUCCCCGUGGGGCUGACUGGCGCGUGGCCCACGUGGAGGUGGCCCCCUUCUACACCUGUAAGAAGAUCACCCAGCUCAUUUCUGAGACUGAGGCUGUGGUGACCACAGAGCUGGAGGGAGGGGACCGUCAGAAGGCCAUGAAGAGGCUGAGAGUGCCUCCACUGGGGGCAGCACAGCCUGCUCUAGCCUGGACUACCUUCCGCGUUGGCCUAUACUGUGGGGUCUUCAUCGUCCUCUCUAUUUCCUUCAUCCUCAGUGGUGCUGUACUCAUCCGGUAUGAGAACGUGUGGCCUCUGGUGCGUAUCUACCGUGGUGGCUUCCUGCUGAUCGAGUUCCUCUUCCUGUUGGGCAUCAACACGUACGGCUGGCGCCAGGCGGGGGUCAACCAUGUGCUCAUCUUUGAGCUGAACCCUCGCAGCAACCUCUCCCACCAGCACCUGUUUGAGAUUGCAGGGUUCCUGGGGGUGCUGUGGUGUAUGAGCAUCCUUUCCUGUCUGUACUCUGAGUACACCAUGCUGCCCAUGCAGGUCAACCCUCUCAUCCUCUAUGGCUUCAUGCUCCUCUUCCUCAUCAACCCCUUCAAGACUGGCUACUACAAGUCUCGCUUCUGGCUGCUCAAACUUCUGUUCCGUGUGUUCACGGCGCCGUUCCACCGCGUGGAGUUUGCAGACUUCUGGCUGGCCGACCAGCUCAACUCUCUGGUGAUUGUACUGAUGGACCUGGAGUAUCUCAUCUGCUUCUACAGCUUCGAGCUCAAAUGGACCGACCGCAAAGGCCUCCUGCCCAUGUUCAACAGUGAUUACACAUGCCACAGUUACUCCUAUGGUCUCCGUGCCAUCAUCCAGUGUCUGCCUGCUUGGUUCCGUUUCGUGCAGUGCCUCCGUCGGUACCGAGACACCAAGCGAGCUUUCCCUCACCUGGUCAACGCUGGCAAAUACUCCACCACCUUCUUUGUGGUCACCUUCGCUGCACUCUACAGCACCCACAAAGAACAAAAGCAUUCCGACGCAGACAUGUUCUUCUACCUGCUGAUGGUGUUCUCAGCCGUCAGCUCCCUGUACACUCUGAUCUGGGACCUGAAGAUGGACUGGGGCCUGUUUGACCGUGGAGCAGGGGAGAACACCUUCCUUAGGGAGGAGAUUGUCUACCCACAGAAAGCGUACUACUACUGUGCCAUCAUAGAGGACGUGAUCCUGCGUUUUGCCUGGACCAUCCAGAUCUCCCUCACCACCAUGACCAACAUCCCCUCUGUGGGAGACAUCGUGGCCACCGUUCUGGCUCCUCUAGAGGUGUUCAGGCGUUUUGUCUGGAACUUCUUCCGUCUGGAGAAUGAGCACCUGAAUAAUUGUGGUGAGUUCCGUGCCGUGAGGGACAUCUCGGUGGCUCCGCUGAACGCUGACGACCAGACGCUGCUGGAGCAGAUGAUGGACCAGGAGGACGGAGUCAGGAACCGUCAGGGCAAGAAGAGCUGGAAACGCAGCUACAGCCUGUCCCUGCGGCGCCCCCUGCUGUCCUCUCAAUCAUCCAAGAAGGACACCAAGGUGUUGAUAGAGGAUACGGAUGAUGAGGCCUUCAGCUGAGCCCAAAGCACCAGCUCUACAACCCCAGUGAUCACUCCAUCACAGAGCUGCCUCACACACACCACACACGCACACACACACACAUACACACACACACAGGCAGACACAGGCAGACACAGAUAGACACACAGGCAGACACAGAUAGACACACAGGCAGACACAGAUAGACACGAAGGCAGACACAGAGACACGCAGGCAGACACAAACAUACACACUAAUACAUACAGACAAACAGAUUAAUUUAUUCAAGCACAAUCUCAGUAUAUGAUAUUGGUAUAGAUGAGAUGGGAUUACACACACACACACACACACACACACACACACACACACACACACACACACACACACACACACACACACACACACACACACACACACACACACACACACACACACACACACACACACACACACACACACACACACACACACACACACACACACACAAACACAGAGUUUUGAGUUAUUCAGACAAAGAGGGAUACACACAGGAACAUAUUUGGAAAACCCACCAAGCACGGGGAGUUUCCUAUGAGUACUUUUAUUUUUUAACAGACUUUAUGUUGAUACUUUUUAUUUGUAUAUUUGUUUUUGUAGUUCUUUGCCAUUUUUGGAGAUGUAUUAGAGAACAAACGACUGUUUACAUGCAUUUAUUAUAUUAGGAUCAACAGGGAGAAGAAAUAUUUAUCAAAAAGACUAAUAAUAAUAACAAGCCUGAGCAUGGACUCUGGAUCGCAACAUUUACCACAGCAUAUCAACAACAUCAAAUGGUUUCAACCUGUUGCUUCUUUUUCUACUCCAUUUACUGGGUUCCACUUACUGGGUUGAUUUUGUUUAUUGAGUUGUAAUAAUAAAGUCUGUGUAAAACCCUGGCGGCACUUGCAGGAAAAGUGCAUUUAAUACAAACAAACAAAAACAACUUGUACAAAAAUAUAAUUUAAACACAUUUUAGUCUGUGAAAGUUGCUUUGUAUAUUUGUUCAUGUGCACUAUUAUGUACUCCAUGUAUUAUUUAGAAUAAUGAGAAUAGCUCAAGCAUCUGUGCAAUGAUAUGUAUGUGUUUCUCAAUGGUGGGAAUGUUGAAUUAGACUUGUGCCAUGUUUUCUAAAAGCUAUUGUUUCCCCUCUUGUCCUGUGUAGAAGACUAAGAACACUUCAGGUGGCUCAUUCUCCCUCUCAUAUAAACUUUUCCCACAGAUCAGUUAGCCAGCCCAUGUUACAACUUCAAAGUUUUGCAAAAACAAACAAAUCAAUUAUCUAAUUAGCUUAGUUCAAGUGCUCUACAUGUUCAUAACUGCACUUUGCUUUUCUGCUAAAGCGUUAUUUUAAUGAAUGUUGUUCACUGGCGUAGCAUCAAUCUAGCUAGCCUGAGAAGAAUAGUCUGUUUGUUCUACUGUGCAGCUGAGUUGAGAUGUCUGAGAGUCUCGUGCAUUUCUCUACCCUUUAAGAAUACUAUCCCAUUCUCUCUUUUUAUUGCUCAACAACUAAAACAGCACUGUGACCAUUUUCGAUUGCAGUGUUUUCUACUGAUUGUGUGGGGCACUUUGUAUUUUUCUGUUGUUCUGCUUUCUCAGAAGCAGUGGAGCGAGAUCAACUGACAGUGAUCAGGGGUUUUCACUGGGGUUCCUCUGACUGUAAUACCGCCCAAGUAGGUCAUGUGGCAUCUUCACAGGAUACUGAUUUCGUCUGCUGAGAUGGGUUUUCCAUAGGAGGGAUGCCCUGGCUAAACAGGAGAUCCUCAUCUGUCAUGUCUGCUAGCACUUUCACAAUCCAAAUAACAGUCCACACCCUGAUCUCUGUCAUUUUUCCUCUGAAAUAUCUACGAACUUUACAACAUAGCUGCUGCAUCACCUCUUUUGAAUAUAUGCAUGCAUGUGUCAUGUACAGUAUCAUAGGCCCUGGGACUCUGCAUGUGUCAGGGUUUUUAGUGGUAGGGUUUGUCAGGCCUGUUGACUAGAACAGGGACCAAGUGAGUGAGUCGUAUACCUGCUGUGUCAAGUGAUCUUUAAUCCUGGAAAGACUUUGCUGUGAAACAGUAGUUCUCAGAUCAGAUAGCCGUGAUUAAAUAGGCCCGUCCUCCUUGGGCCGUAGGGCCUGCAGUAUUUACUCUGUUGUUUAGGACUGGGUUAGCUCACAGUUUCAAGUCUCAGUGCCCAAAAAUGAUGUUGAAGGUGAGGUUGAUUUCAAUGAUCAACUCAUUCUACAGUACAUGUCUGUUUCUCAUGCUUUUAUGGCAAUGCACUCAUCAACAAAACUCAUGAUUUUGCUUUAAUGUAUGUUGUUCCUUGAUUAACAUUGGUACUUUUUAUUACUUGGUUUCGCCAAGAAAAAGAACCCCAUGGAAAUUGUUCAACUGACAUCCAUUGUUAGCGCUCUUUUUGUUUGUUCAUUUUGUUACAUGCAUGCUUUACUUCUAUCAUUUUCAAGCACAAUCUAUCGGCUGUAACUUUGAAGCGGGUAAGCCCCUAAGUGUGUUGUUGACUGCUUUCUCCCCACUCCCUGUGUGUGACACCCUCUCUCUUUCACCCUGGGGCUCAACUGUGUUUACACAAUGCAGUAGUUGAUGUACAGUGUUGUGUUGAUCAAUCAGCAUGAGCUUGUCUUUCCUUUCUCUUAGCUUUUCUUUAUUAUUUAGACUGUUGACGCGUCUAAUGAGAAAUGACAGUUGGGGUCCCAGGCAAAAUAUUUGUUUAAAUUGCAAAGUUCAUAGGCUACAAAAUCUUGUAAAUGUGUAAUAGCACCAUCAACAACAAGAAAUACACACAAUGUCGUGUGCCUUUGAGAUAGAUUUCUUCCAUCACUGUGGUGAUGAUGCAGUUAGACAUAUGGCAAUUAUGGCUGUGCAAUGAAGUCUGGUAGUGAUAGAAACCACUAUCACAAAACACACAAUUCAAUUAUCUAACUACUGAUUGUGUCCUCUUUAUUGGAAGAAUAGGUGCUUCCACUUUCUUCCCACACUCACUACAAAUAUGGAAAAGGCUAGUCAACCAGUCUUUCCACCAAAGAGCACCCUGCUGCAAGGUCACCUUUGGCAUUUCAGUCCUUUUGAAGUGAUGGAGCUCUUCUACCCUUCAAAACACACACAGAUACACACACACUCUGUUUAAUCUAGUCUAAAACUUGAACACUGUCAUCUUUUGUCAGAGACCACAAACUUCUCCCUCCCAACUUCAUGAGAUUGUUCCAAGUAUCACUCUGACAAUUGUCUUGCCUGCAUGCUGCUUUUGUUUUCCAUUGUACAUAUCUGAAUGAUUGUUUUAAUUAUCUGGAGAAUACAGAUUAUUCUAGCUGUACUGUUCAUUCUUGAUUACAUUCAUUGUUUUUCAUUUAGCUUUAGAACAAGCAGUAUUCCAGGUGUUGAGGAGCAUUUUGAUUGUUCACAAUCCUGCAUUAUUUAAGUGUAAAACCUGUUGAAUUGUGUUUGUUAAAAAAAGAAGAGAAAAAGUAGAAAGUGAACCUGGAUUGUGAUUGGCUGUAUCUUGUUGGUGUUUCCAUAUUUUUUCCUGGCUCCCUCAUCCUCAGGGUUUGCGUCCAGGGCUAUUGGAGGGAGGGGACUAGAAGUUGACAACCCUCAGUCAAGUGAGUGAUGACACUAACAAGAUAUUAAUGGUUUCCUAAGAUGUUACCUUGGAAGCGUUCUAAUGCAUAUGACUGCUUAGCAGUUAUUCACUAAUUUAUGUACAACUGAGCCAUUUUUAAUGUCAAGAUAUGGUUAGAAAGUGAUAACCCUUUGACAUUGAGGGUUACUUUGUAUAGUUUUUUUCUAAGACCUGAAUCAUACGCAAGCCCUGACAUCACAUUUUCUCGUGAGUAAUACCUCUCAAUGAUUUGUUGAUCUUACUGCUUGCUAAAUCCCAUGUUAUGUGCUUGAUGUCUCUGCAUCUUUACUUCCUUCUUGAUGUUGUUGUACUCUUUCUAAAGUAGAAGACUAACGGUGUCUAUAGUAACUACAUGGAUGUACUUUGAACGCGUUAUGAAAACUGAUAAAACGAUCAGUUAUGUGGUUGUGUUUUAAAAAGACAAGGAAAUGUCUUACAAUAGCCCUUUUACAGAGUAGAUUGUAAAUGUUGAGUGUAUAACACUGUACUAUGAUGGUUUUAAUGAUGGUCUCAUUUGUAUUUCUGUAUACACUUUGGUGAUCCUGUCACAUCUGGGUUUUAUAAACCACGCAUAUUUUUUUAAACUGUC